CUCUCUGUGCUUGUUUUGUCUGUCAUUCGUCUCGAGACAUUCAAGUUGAUUUGUUGUGCUACGCAGCUCCGUUCCUCUGAUUUAUUUUAAUGUUCGGACGUUAUUGAAAAAGUUUCAUUGUAUUUUACGAAGAUACUCCAAGAGUGCAAGUUGUGACGAUUAUUCUAUAUUCUCUAGACAUCGAAAGUGUGUGGACAUUGGGCGGCAGUGGUAGUGGCGUAAUUUAAUUCCUCGCGUCCUGUUUGUGUUAAGCCCACAACAGUGUGCAGUUCUGUUGAUUCAUCAUAAAUUUAAUCUGCUUCGCGAUACGCCAUAUAGAAAGUGGUCAGAAGAUAAGACACUUCGGUGGCUAGCUCAGCCUCUUAUUCCCACAUAUACUAGGGGUGAUGUAAAAUGGAGGAUUUUCAACGCCUUUUCUGACGACACAAGGGGAGAUAUCGCGUGAAUUGGAAGAACAACUAGAUACCCUCAGCCGAAACGUACAGGACACAAUCAUGGCAACAUUAGAGAAGCCUAAAACAAAGCACCAAAAGAAGUCGAAACUCAAACCGUUGAUCCUGCCGGACAUCCCAAUCGAUACCCCUGAGGAUGAGGAUGCGGAAAGCGGCGAACCCGCGGUUGACAUCGAUUUUCCCAGCACGUCAACCUCGGAGGAAGCCCCAGCGAUAGUCGCAGUCCAAGAAGGAGAAGAACCAGACGAGGUUUGCGAAGAUGCAGUCGAAGACGAAGAACCCAAUCCCACAGAUAGUGAGAACAUACUGCAAUCGGAGCGGGAACCGUCAGUGGAACCGGUUGCCCCAUCCGCUCCGGUGUUCGAAGGGGAGGAAACAUCGAAGGUAGAGCUUACCCUGGAGCCAGGAAUGAUAGAACAGAUCGGUGUUCCAGCACCAUUAUAUCCGGACCUUCAGGAGAUGAAGGUCAAGGAACUAUUCGUCUCGGAAAAACAACGCUACCCGCAGGUGCAAUCGAUGGUGCCGCUGAGUGGCGAACAGUUGGCCCAGUUCUACCGCGUGGACGGCGAAAUGGCACUGGCGGAAGCCUUCGAGAAGGAGUUCCUGACGCGGGAGCUCCAGGAGAACGACCAGUGCAUGAACCAUCCGCUGUAUCAGCUGUUGCAACGGUACGCCAAAGCCCGCGCCGAGUUCAGCCUGAACGUGCUGGAGUUUGAGGCCCUGCGGCGCAAAUGCAAAGCGUUGGCCAACGAGCUGUGGACGGUGCGGGAGCAGACGUUUGCCGGAACGGGCACGUGUGGCGAUGGGAAGGUGGUGCAUGCGAGUCACAUCAGCAGCGUGGCCGCCCUCCAGGAAUCAGCCCUAGCAGACUUCAGUUCCAACCUGCAGGACCUGAUGAAGCAAUCGUGCUUCCAGUGCAGCCAGUCCACCUACGAAGUCGACGCCACCCGAAUCAAGAUCGAGCAGAAAAUCUACGAAACGCUAAACCUUCACCCAGUACUGAGCAACCUCCCGGCGGACUCGCCCGUUGUUCUGAACCCACCGAUCGACGCUAUGCAACUGACGGCGGCCAUCGGAGAGCUGCGGCUGUGCAUCUCCAUUUUGUUUGCCUUUCUGCGGAAAGGCAUAACCGACAAGCGCUUCCUGGCGGAUGUUCGCAGCUGGACUGUCAAACUGGUCGCCACACAACUACGCAUCGCUACCGUACACGAUCAUCUGUUCGUGCUGUUCCACGUCCUGCGUAGUCCCAGUGGGAUAGCCAAUUGGGCCACCUCGUUAGUGCAGCUUCCCACCGAGCAGGAUCUUCGAUGGGGCGGCUCGGAAUUUCAGCACAUUCUGGUCGUGAUGGCUUGUAUCCUGCUGCCGAUCAAGAAGCGAAAUGAAUUCCUCGAAAAGCUCAAGCUGGACAUGAAUCGCUCGAUCGAUGUGGUCCAGGAAGAGAUGUGGGCAAUCGUGGACAGCGAUGGCGAGGAUUGCUCCGGUUCGGACUCGAUAUCCGAGCUGAAGGAGGGAGAUCUUGUGGCGUUGAUCGAUCAGAUACCGUUCGGGAUGGUGUUCCGAGCGCUAACGCUGGUCGAUCGAAAACUGGACGGGACUUGGCGUUUAGGUGAAGAUCAGGUUCGAGGCACGCACGUGAUGAAGGCGAUCGCGUUCGGAACUAUUUUCGUAGAGCUUCUGGGAAACGGAUUGAUGACUUACAAUGCAGAUCGAUAUCGACAGUUUGCCAAGAGGGUGGCGAGGCUGAUCAAGCACACUGUAUACUACGUGAGUGACUUGUAUCGGAUAUUGCUGGAACGAACAAGGAGUGUCCAAGUGGUGCUGGAUGAUUACGAAACCACUCGGAUCAAUCUAGAGUUAGACGUGUUUGUAGUGCGCGCGGCACAGUACAUCUACCGAUCGAGAAAGAUCGGUACGUGGCAGUACUUGAGCGGGUUUCCUUUUGAUCAGCUGAGCGUGGAUGCACUGUGGAAGCUGUAUUACUUUCUGCACCUGGAUGAGUUCAACGAAGAACUGAUCACGGCCGUUGGUACGGAUUUCCGGGAUCUUUGCAUUGGUUCGAAUCAAAGGGAGAAAUUUCGAAACGGUUUAGUGGGAAUGCCCUCCGAGGAUCUGUAUUACUUGCUGCAGGUGUUUUCCAAUAUGGCACUUGCUAGGGAAAUUGGCGACUUUGAGUUCAUCGAAACGGUGGCACUCAAUCUUUUCGACAUUGGUUACCUGAACGAGUACACCAAAGACUUCUGCUACAAAGCCGUAAAGGAUCUGCUGUUCAACAUAGUGUACAAGCAUCCGUCGUUGGUCUCGAGCCUGCUGCAGUACAUGAAGCAGGACGUAGCCCAAGCCGACCACUCGGCAUUGUACGUGUUCAAAUCGCUUCCGCUGGAUCGAUGGCGUCCCCAAUGGGACGACUUCGAACUACUCGCCAACUGGAUCCUCAACUACGGCUUCGACGCCGUCCAGAGUUCGACGGCCCGCGUUAUUCUUAUCCACUUGAACUACAACUUUGACUCGAACAACGAACUGUUUUUAUCACAUGACAUCCACGUCCGCAUAGCUUGUCUCAUCACGGAGAUAUACAGCAAACACGUACCAGAACUACUCGGCAAUCCGCAAGGUUUGGUCGCCUCGGUGAGCAGUCUAGUGAAGAACAAAACCGCGCAGGACCAAUUCCUGGCUUGGUGUUGGAACAUGGUUAGUCUACUGCGACUGCACUGCAUGGACCAAAGCCCCACGGUCAUCAAUGGUAUGAUGAAGAACCCUGCCCUGAUCUUGCGAUACGUACUUGAGUUAGAACGAGCUCAACAGAUCUACCAAGGCGUUACUGAGAAUCGUCCUCUAGCCAUCUACUUGGCGAUUCUCAUCAGCACCUGGGGCCAUUCAGUGCCCCAAAUUUGCCACCAAGGAUUCGAACAAAUCCGACUGCUGUUGAACGAUCAUCGCUACGUGGUGGUUGUUCGAUGUCUUCAACUGAUCACCCCACUGUUCCUCGAAUGCCCCGACAGUCUGAGCCACUGCGAAUCAUUCAAAUCCAUCCUGAUCAGUUUGAUGGCGGCAGACAAGUACUACGCCCGUUUCACCAAGGAUCAAUUCAAACCGGAGUCGAACUCCCCGGUUACAGACAUGCUCAAGUGUAUGAUCCUCUCGCAAAUCACCAACUACGUUCGGUACGGGCUAACUUCCCCCACCUUGCUGAUCAACAUUUGGCUACAGUGCCUUACCGAGCUACCAAAUUGGACCAAGGACCCGGCCAUUAUCGGAUUGCUGGAUGCAAUGGCGGGGGUCGCCUAUCAGUUUCCCGACGCUUGGCAUUCCAUGAAAGAAUUUUUCCGGCCUUAUUUUUCGCGCUUCGAAGACGUCAAAGCCUCCAAGCCUUCGGGUUUGCUCAAUCUGCUAGCGUCCACACCGAACGAUCUGUUCAGCUCGCCAUCGUCGGCAACUGUCUUCCUGUCGAUCUUCACCCUGGAGCUGGAAUACGAGCUGACCGAGAUUCAGUCCGGCAUAUGGCACGAAGUGAUUCGCGGGAUUGGACUUCCAAGUUCGCCAAAACUAACCAUCGAAACAGCCAUCAAAAAAGCCACCUCCAUCCUUGGAUAUCCUUCGUUCCCGCCAAGUUCGCUAGCGGUGUUCAAAUUGGCCAACCUGGUGGCCAACUGCACCAUCAAGAACUUCAUGUACCCGAUCGUGUGCCAGCUCUUCUUCACCAUCUACCUGUCGCGACUUCCGCUGUCAACGGAUGAGCAACGUUUUGCCAACUGUCUCGGAGUGUCCGAUCAGAUCUACGAGUGCAACGUCGGCCUGAUGAAGCGUAUCAAGAAGCAGCUAUACGACGCCGAAUGCUUCUACAAUUCAGCUUCCGUUAGCGAAAGUGACGAACGGCAACGAUCGUUCUACAAUCACUGCACGCGCCUAUUCAAAACCUUCCAACUGUGGUUAGAAGACACUCAACUGAACAAGAUCUCCACGAAUGCCGUAAAUCUUCCUCCGCAGUUUGACCGCUACCGGUUGGCGGCGAUCUUCCGAGGGAAUCGUGAUCACUGGACGGACUUUAUCGACUUCCGGGGCAUCCGCUCCGAUCACCGUGAUCUUGCCGAUGCCUGGCAAAAACUGUGCUACCGAUACAAGCCCGAAGUCUCCACCGUUGCAACCAAUUCCCCGGCGCGAUCGCUCGCCUCCAGCCACAGCGUAACCGACCUGCAAGAUUUCAAACAAUCCAUCUUUAAACGACUCGAGACAUAUGACGCCCCCGCACCUGCUCCCCUUGUGUUCAAACCCACCCCUCUCAUACCUCCUGCCAAAUUUACCACCCAAUCAUCGAACUCCGUGAUCUCAGCCCUCAAAUCGGACUUCGCCCUCCUAGAUGCGUACGCCCGCAAGGAGUUCCUCGUCAUGUACAACGAACAUCUGCUGCUCGACUCGUUCUACCUGGAGCAAAUCCCGAAACUCUACAUCGUCGAAGACAAGGUUCUCUACAAAGAUGCCAGCUGUUCCAAUGGUUGCACUGAAUCCAGGAAGGUCCUCGUGCGCUACAAGGUGUCCAAGCUGGAUAAGAACUUGAGUGCAGUGCUGAGAGAGAAUCGAUCCGCCCAUGAAGCCCUGCUGCAACGGGAGAGCAAACUUCCGGAUCGGAUAGUGAUGGCUUCGGUGCGAAUCGAUGCCUUCCUGCGGCAGAUCGUAGACGCGUACCGGGAGUUUAAACUGAGCGGCGAGACGACUGUAUGCGCUAAGUUGAACAAGGUCGGAUCGACGCUGUUCUACGAGUUCGUAGGCAAGAUGAACGACUACAACCAACUGUGUCCGUUGACUAAAGAUGUGUGCUCGCUGGGAAUCAGUCAGCUUGGGUUUUUCAUGCGGGAAAACCAAAACGACGAAGGCAUCAAGCUGUUGAACAUCACUCUGGGCCGUCCGGAAAUGAUCAGCUUGCUGUCGGAACUCCUGGUACCGGCCAGCUGCCCACCGCAGUUUUUCCUGCGGAUGUAUGAGUUUGUGAUCGACUCGCACAUCAAACGGCACGAUACUCAGGUUCUGUUCGUUAUGCUGUCCAAGUUUGACAUCAUCGCCUGGAUGAAUCGCUACCGACCCAAACUGGUGGACGUCAGACGUUUGGUUGAGUUGAUUCUCCGGGGAUUGGAGGGCUGGACGCAGAAGAAUGCUGUGCUGAUUCAAGACGUGAGUAAAUCGCGAUCAAGUCUAGUUCAAGUCGGUCUAAUAGAAUUCAAUCAGCUUCUUCAACGGCAUCUGAUGCACCUGUUCGAGUUCGACUUCCCUGAAUACUACGGAGACAUUCUCCAGAUGGUGUUGGCGGCCUGCUCGCUGAAGAAGAUCAUGGCCCAGGUUCUACUGGAGCUGCUAAACUCCAUGCGUCGUCGCGUCGACUGCCAGCCUUUGACAUUCGGCUUGGGAUUGGUGUCGAUCAAGGAGGACUUCCGCAGCUUCGCUACCAAGCAGAACAUUCUUUCGUACAAAGAUCUUAUCGACACGACAAUACUGCUAACUCAACACUUCCAGCAGGAACGGCUUAAUCACGGUUUGCAUGGCCUUUAUCCGGUGCACAGUGACUACUGUGAAGUGUUAUCUCUGCUGUUAGGAUCGGUAGGACACGCGACAGUCGUUGCAGCCGUUCACGCUUAUCCAGGAGUUUUAGCCGAUGAAUUGAUCAACUGGCUGUGGCCUCCGCUGUGCGACAUGUUCUCGCCCUGGCUAACUCCGUACUUCCCGCAGAAUAUGAAAGGUCAACAGCAGGUGGCCAACUGGAUCCAACAGGUCGCCAGCGAUAGCUCUAUUCUUCCCCCGUGGAGCGAACUGCACUCGGAAACCGCCUUCCGCAUGGUUAAGGUGUUUGAACACUGUAUUCAGUACCUGAUGGACACAUUCCCGUCUAGUAGUGCCCUUCUUGGCCAUCUGUUCAGUUGGUACGAGCUGAACUUUGCCCAUCCGGCGUUGCCACGUCACGUAGCCGUUCCCAUACACACGAAUCUGAUGAACCUGGCUUGGGAUCGUUUCCGGCCAGCCCCUGUUCACAUCACCGGAUUCAGCCGAAUCCUGCAGCAGUUCAUUCCCGAGGCGCACAAAUUCGUCGGACACAUCUUCAUCCGCAUCGCGUGGACCCCAUGGCUGCAGCAGAACAUCCAAUCCUGGGAUUAUCAGCUACGCUAUCAAAUGCUAUCCGCGCUGCUCAUGAUCUUCAUCAAGAUAUCCUACGAACCGAACGCUCGGGAAGGCCUUAAGAUCGUUACGCUGCUCCAGGAAGCCUGCAACUACCCGUGGCACAUGCUCGAAUAUCAGGGCGUCGAAGCAGUGUUGGAUUGGUUCGUCCUCUCCGCGGAACCAUCCGUCGUGCUGAAGAUGCCUUCCGAAAGCGAAGUCGUCGACAGUGCCGUCCUGGACCUGCUUCAAGUGGCGUCCUCGAUGAAGUUCAACUCUGGUAACCCGCUGGAAUCGACGGCCCUGCAGUCGCAAGUGCAAGCAAAGCGUAUCCUGUACGUUCGGACCACGGUUCGGCUGUUGAACUCCUGUGGUGCCAAAUACCAGAAGCUGCUGGGAACGAAACAGGGAGUGCAAGCGUUCCACAAUGCGGUUCUGGGGCUGUUCAACAUCGUGGAAACGGUGCUGCUUCAAAUCCGGUCCACCAAAGAUCGGGAGUUCGAAGCGAGGAACUUGGUUGGCGAGGUGAUCGUUUCAUUGCAGUCACAGGGCGAGUACACUUCCAAACUAUUCACCGAAGCGAUUGUGCUGUGGACGGAGAACUGUCGGACCAGUGACAGUUACAUCGUUCCCUCGGUGCUGGAUGCCGUCGGUAUGUGCAAGAGCUUCUCCCUCAAUCUGUACCUGUUGCUGGAGGAGAUGCUGUUUCACUACUUCGGCAAAUCCUGGCACGGACAGGUUACCAACGGAGGGGACCCGGUUUUGGACGCUUCUUGGGUGAAGGCACUGCACAAGGUGGGUCUGCAGACAGUGAAAGGAUUCGACGAGGAGAUGUUGGUGAAGCAUCGAUGUCUGCUUGUGCUGCAUUUGCUGACGGUGCAGAGACUACGGACGGCUGGCAGCUCUGGGGAGCGGAUUAUUGUACUUCAGAAGCUGUUCCAGUUGCUGGAAAACGUGAAAGUGAGCGAUCAAACCGAAUCCAAACUCAUCCUACUGUGGAGCCUGAUGGCGGUGGUCGGAGUGGAAAUCAUGAAGGCAUCCUCCAACGGUCAGAACCACCUUCUGACCCUGGCUCGCUACCUGCAAACCUGUUCCAAAGACGCCGAAGGCUGGGGCGAAGGUCUGCUGGGCGCCAUCGGCAUCCGAAAGGACGGCAUCAGCAUUCGCCGGAAGGUCGUCGCCAAGUGCCUGUCCUGUAUCGUGUUUCUGCUGUUUGGGGAAGAUUCCGGCGAAGCGCUGAAAGCAUCGGAAUCGGGACCACCCUCGAUCGACUGCGCCAAUCGGUGCAAAGAGUACGACCAAGCGAUGGGGGAUCUGAAGCAAACCUUGACCAACAAGCGGUACGGGGACAUGCACAUCAAAACCCGGGCGGCGAUCAACCUGAUUGAGAAUACGGCCAUGAUUGCCAACAUUGGCGAGAAUGUUUGCAAAAUUGUGCGACUGUUCUGCGACGAACACUUCUUCCACUCCGUGGAGGAAGUUUGGCGCUGUUGAAGGUAAGACUUUUAGGAUUUCUCUACUAUUUAUUAUCCUGGGUAGAUGUAAUAAGAAAAUUAGUUAGAGCUUUAUUCGCAAUACAUAACGAUUGGCUUUGUUCGGCUGUGACCUGU